CGUAGCCUCUGCGCAUGCCUAAAAUGCUCGAGUUCAUGUCCGCCAUCAAAGUAUCUUGAAAAUGUCUAAUUUGAAUAUUUAAACUGACAACCACGCCAAUAUUCACCGCUAAGCACCACUUCUUAAGGGACGACAUACAUCGCACGUGGCAUUUUAGCCUGUAAAUCUGCUCAAAAUCGGUCAUAUCCACGCCGCUGCUUCCAUUUGUGCUGUAAAGUCUCGAAGCUGUUGGCAGUAACUGAGUUGGAGAGCCCAUCUGUCACCGAUGUCCUCUCAAGCAGGCAUUACGGACACAACAAUGAUGGCGACUAACAAAUGGAGACUGAAACACGUCACGGGGGACCUGUUCUCGUGUCCCGCGGAUGAGGCUCUGGCCCACUGCAUCAGUGAGGACUGCCGCAUGGGGGCAGGCAUUGCACUGAUGUUCAAGCAGAAGUUCAGAGGAGUCGAAGAGCUAAAGGGACAGAAGAAGCUGGUAGGACAGUGUGCUGUACUGAAAAGAGACGGACGUUUGGUUUAUUAUCUGAUCACAAAGAAGAAGGCAAGCCAAAAACCAACCUAUGACAGUUUAAGACAUAGCUUGGAGGACAUGAAAGUGCACUGUAUCAAAAACGGAGUCACACGAAUUUCAAUGCCUCGUAUUGGCUGUGGUCUGGAUCGGUUGAAUUGGGAAAGAGUUUCAGAGAUGUUGGAAGAGAUCUUUGAGUCCACAGAUGUCUCCGUCACUGUCUACAGCCUUCCUGUGACUGCUGAAACCACGGUGAUGAAGGAACACAUGCGCAGAUGAUUAUCAAAAAUGUGCGCUAGUGGCAAUAGUUACUUUUUGCGCACGUUUGUUAGAUUGUACCUUUUUUUUUUUUAACAAUAUGUGGUUCUGACACAUGUCAUUGAAUAAUAAAGUGUCUUUUUCUUUUGCACACUCA